AUGGCGAUGGGUUUUGUCUCCCCGAUCCCCAAUCCCCGAAGCUCGGAUCCAGCAGCAGCAUCAGCGAUAGCGGCCGCGAGAGAUCCUCUCCAAGGUCAAGCACGUCCAGGCCAAGCCUGCUGGCCGCCCUCGCGGGUGACUGCCUCCGCGGUGACGACGGCGGCCUCGUCGUCCCCGGAGGCCGCGGCGCCCCUCAAGGCCGACCUCCGCCACGUGAGUGAUCCGUCGAUCUCGUCUCUCCAACAGUGUUCCGGAUGCACGCACGAGUUCGACCUGGACAAGCCGCCGGUGCUGCAGGAGGUGGCGGAUUUCUUCAGUGGCCACGGAAUCGAGGACUUCACCUUCAGCAGGGGUAGGCUGUCAGAAUGGCGUUGCCGGGCAAAGCUAGCGGUACGUGGAACACCAGAGAAACCACUGAUUGGCCUGUAUCAGGAAGGGACACAUACUGUUCAAGAUAUUCCCGAUUGCAGAGGUAGGACAGGAGGAACAGCGACAAGUGACGGGAUGAAGCCCGGCCAUGGAAACCCACCGCAGCCUUCAAGACGUCGACGGCGGUCGGUGCUAUGGUAUGAAUCCUUCCUCCACUUCAAGACCUCUACGUACGACGGGGAUCCUGAUCAACAUGCAGUUCCCGGGGCCGCAGAUCGACGCCGUCACCAACGACAACAUCGUCAUCAACGUCUUCAACAACCUGAUCUGAUAUUGUUCUGAGAUCCAGUGGCAUCUCUAUCCUCUUACAACUAAUAACAUUUUUUAACUUCUUUUGGCCGUGCUUUCGCUUUCACUACAGAUCAGAUCAGUGGUGAACGAAAGAAACAAGUGCACAAAUAGUAUCAGUGGGCUUGUAUUUUUCUUGUGUAGCUGCUCUGCACUUGUUGUAGAGCAUAGCUUGCAUCAGUAUUUUUACCUAUUUUUGACCUCUCAUUCUGAAAUACAUCUAGCAGGUGCGGCUAGUACUCUAUUAUUCUCCUACAUAUAGAUAUAUAUGCAUCUAAAAGGGCAAGUACUUGGAUGACCUUGACAACAUCAUACUGAUUGUAAUACAUUUGCAUAAGACUCUGUAUUCGAAGACUUCUCGCAAUUUAUCAUGCAAUUCUAAACAAUAGCAUAUGUCUAUCUACCCUGCUGGGAAUUUUCACUUUAUAUAAAAAUUUGAGAGGCAAAUGCUGGGAGUUCCAGUCUUGUCUGAUGGCUAGGAACUCAACUCUGCUUUUUGUUGUUGGAGUUUCAGGCUUGUUGCAUAGUUCGUAGCUUCAAGUGUACUCUGGCUUCUAGCCACAGUGGACUACAAAUUAUUAUAGAAUUACAAAGUGUACACAACAUUGCACCUUACACAUUCUUCUCUUGUGAAAUCAAAUGCCAUGACUGGGCAUUCUUUUAUCAACUUGCUGUACACUUGCUCUGCUUUAGGCUACUGUAUAACUUGUGCCUUUUAAAUUGAUGUACAUAGCAUGCAAUUUUUUACUGUAUCACAUUCACACAUGAUACUCUUAAUAUAGAGUUGUUUUCCGAGCUAGUUCUGUUUACUCUUAAUAUAGGUCUAUUUGUCACCAAUACUUGCCUGCUAUGCUAUAGUAGACCUUGUUCAUAUUUAUUAGCUAAGUUUGCUUGUCCUUGGUAUCUAUAUGCAUGCCAUUUGUGUUUCAGGCUUUCUCUGAAAUGAAAUAAUAGGUCUAUUAGUCACCAAUACUUGAGUUAAUCUAACUCCUUACCUGCUAUGCUAUAGUAGGCCUUGUUCAUAUUUAUUAGGAAGUUUGCUUGUCCACAGUGAUCCAUAUACAUGCCAUUUGUGUUUAACGUUCUCUGAAAUGAAAUAAUAAGAUUCACACUCCAUGGACCAGGACGACCACCGGGACCUCCACGGCGAUGAUGAAGCCUGCACAUGGUCGAGCUCGAUGGAACAACAGUGCCUCAGUGUGGUGCAGCCGAGUUGGGCCACUCCAGUGCAUCAGGAACUCUGCAUGCUGCUGUCCUUUGUCUCAUCAUCUUAACUACUACAGUAGCAGGAGUAUUUUAUAUGCUGUUCAUUUCUUGGCCACCCAGCAUGUUUGCUAAUCAUCCAUCUGCCUCAUGUUAUAUGAUCCCUACCUAGUAACUUCAUUAUAUGCAGACUUGUGGUGUUGGUUCAGUUUAGUCAAAUUAAUAUAUAUACUGCUAUGCUACUACUA